UUCCUCUUCUGUAAGCGGGGAGUUUUUACUGCCUGCAGUCAUAUGAUGCGAUCGUAGGAAAGCAGGAACACGCCUUUCAGAGAGGACUCGCUUCGUUUUCACAUCCAAGCAACAUAAAGUCACCGACUCCGCAAAGAGGAACUUAUUCUCUGCCACAGGAAAGUUAGCCGAGGACUGUGAUGUCGGAACCGAAACUCCGCGACACUGACCGCUUCCCUUGUAGCAACAGCCACUUAUAGCUGUAGCUACUGUAUUAUUAUGCAACACAGCAAUUCAGUAAUGUUUUGUAAAGACAUGAGUAACUACAGUGGAUUUUCAGUGAGUUAUUUAUACGCUAAUGCUGCGCUCAGUGUGGCCGCUCGAAGGCCGUUGUCGGUUCAGAGAGAGCGCAGUGAUUGAUUUCAAUGCACGUCAAGUCGUCGUCAGCUGGAACAGGGCUCUUUAAAGACCAUGGUUAACAAAGAGGAGCUGGAAGAAAGGCUGAAAAAACUUUUGGUGAGGCUGAAAACUCCCCAGGAAGACAGGCAACUGUGCACGCUGAUUCAAAUCAUCCAGGAUCUGCUUUUCCUGGCGCACACCGACUAUGCAGCUGAACUGUUUGAAGAUAAAGAUGUCCACGUGCCCCUCGUGCUGGUUCUGUCUACCCACAUCAGCAGCAAAGGAGUCCAACAGGUUGGCUGGUCGUUGCUGUGUCAGCUGAUUGAAAUAUGCCCCACUACACUGGACCAGCUAACCAGACCUUUGGAUGAAGCCCAAGAGUGGGAGGUAGAGGGAGUGCACCAGCAGAUCCUCAAGGUGUUAUCUCAGUACAGCACAGAUUGUCGAGUGACCAUGGUUGCACUCAGAGCCUUGGCGCUGCUGCUCAGAUCAGCCAAGAUUCCUCUGCUGCUGCUACUGGAUGAGGAGGAGGACGUGUUUGGCCUUGUGGUGUACGCCAUGAAGACGUUUCCUACAAGUGAAGAAGUGCAACUCCAAGGCUGCACAGCUCUGCAGCUGCUUCUGGAGGAAGUCAGUGAUGAGCACCUUGUGGAGUUUGUGGAGAACCAGGAUCACGCUGUGGUUCUGGCAGCUCUCCAGAGGUUUCCAGACAACUCAGAGAUGCAGCUGCAGGCUUUAAAAGUGCUGCUUCCUCUGGCUCACCCUGGCAGUAAUGUGGAGGUGUUGAUGUCAGGGGGCACUCGGUGCUACAGCACCAUCAUCGCUGCCAUGGAUGCUUUCCCUGAGGUGGAGGAGCUGCAGGAGAAGGCCUGCUCCCUGUUCAAAAGGUUUACUUCAGAGAGUUACAACGACAUCCUGGUGAGGAAUGGUGUCCACAGAGUCGCAGUUAGAGCCUGCCAGACUUUCCCUAACAACGCCAAGCUGCAAGCCGCUGCUCUGUCCUGCCUGGCUAACCUCACUGCAACCAUCGUGCAGAACAAAGCGGUGGCCGAGCAGGGUCUGGAGGAAGGAGAGGAGGAGGAGAACAGGGGUAACGGGCAGGUGGAGGACAUGGAGCUGAGCUGGAUGAAGGAAUGCUUUACUGCACUGGAGCUCCACGCAGAUGAGCCAGAUGUUCAGGAAGCUGCGUGCUGGGCCAUUCACAGUCUGUUACUGCACGGAGCUGCACUGAACCAUCUAGAAGAAGAGCAGGAUGAAAGGACUCCUGUUUAUAGACAGCUGAUGGCGGCCAUGCUGCUCCACUUUGCCUCUCCUAAUGUGUUUAAUGCUGCUACCAGCGCCAUCGCCACACUCAUCGCAAACAACAGUAAGAUGCGUUCUUUGCUGCUGUCAAGUGGCCUUCAUGUGAAUUUGGUGGAGAUGAUGAAGAGACAUUCAGACUCAGCCGAGGUUUCCAUCAGUGCCUGCAAGCUGUUAAACCUGCUUUUCCAGGGAAGGGCAGCCAGUAUGGAUGAGUUGACCAUGACCAUGAACCAGAUCCUCAGCACCAUGAAGCUUCAUAACUUUAAUCCUGAGGUUCAGCUGGAGGCUCUGCAAGCCAGCUUGGUCUUCCUUUGCCCGGACAGGAGUUUAAGGGAGCACGGCAACUCGGUCGCAGAUCCCGACAUGGCCGACGUGUCUCUGAAGGUCCUGAAAAACCAGUGUGUGGUGGAAGGAGCUCACAUCCUCUACCUGGAGGCUCUCAACAGGUUCAUCAGCAGCUCAGCCAUUCAAACAUGUGGUUUGAAGGUGCUGUCUGCUCUGGCUGACUGCUCUGGUGCGGUGGAUCUUCUGUGCCAGCAGGGGGCGAUAGACACAGUGCUGCACACACUACAAAUGUUCCCACAGGAACGAGAGAUACACUACUGGGGGCUGACCCUGCUCACCUACGUUGUGUCCAAGAAGAAGCUCUCGAGGAUGAUCUUACCUGUACUGGCCUCCGUUGUGGUUACCGCUCUCAUUCAGUACAGAGAAGAUUCUGAGAUGCUGCUAAAGUGUUUACAGGUGGCAUUGAGGAUGCUGGACGCCUGUUCAGGAGCAGCUGCUGAACUGCAGAAAGAAGACUUUGACAGGCAUAUCUUCCAGUGCCUUAGAGAAGAGACUGACCAGAGCAUCAGCCCACUGCGGAAGUCGGUGUGCCUGGCUCUGUCUAAAAUGUGGUGCGACUCAGAGCUGCACUACAGCAUGCUGGAAAAGACCUGCAUGGAUGGAGAUACAACAAUGACUGAGUGUCUGAUUGAGCUGGGAGCUGACAUCAACAAGAAGACCAAAAAUGAGUCUCUCAUUUACCAGGUCUGUGAGAGAGGUGGACCUCUGGAACUGGUGGAACUCUUGUUAAGCCGAGGCUGCCACGAGCAGCACCUCCGCAGGGCUCUGGCCGUGAGCGUGAAGAGGGGUGACGGGCCCACAGUCAUCCAGUUACUUGGCCGUCUGGGUCUGGACCUCAACAACAAUGCCCUGUGCCUGGGCGGCUUCAGGCUAGGCCGUCUGGAUGCUGCCUGGCUGAGCCCCCUGCUGGCCGAAAGAAGCAGAACUCACAGUCUACGCUACAACAACACUAAGGGCGUGAGUCUGGCAAAGUACAUCCAGUUUCUCCAGAGGCCCAAAAGUGUGAGCUGUCCCCCUCGGUCAGUGACUGACCCAUGUUUGACCUCUGGCUACAUUUCUGAUGAGAGCGACGACUCCAGCUUCAGCUUUACCUCUUUGGAAGACGGCCUGUUUUUCAACGAUGACAUGGAGAGUGAUGGAAGUGAUUCGCUGUCUGGCGCUCUUUCUCCAAAGUCGUACAACAAUUCAUCAGAGGAGCUGAGGGGGGAAUCCUUAAGGAGGAAGCAGGGCCGUCGCAGACAUGUCAGCGCAGAGAGUGGUCAGACUGAGACUGAGCACACUGAGCCCCUUCACAGAAGAUAUGGACGGAAUAGCUCGAGUCAAAAAGUGCUGGGGUCUGCCGAAAACUCUGCUGCUCUGCCAAAAGAGAAAGAGAGGAUCCACCUGCUGGACUUAUCUGGAAAUGAGCUGGACUCCCUGUCCUGCCUCAACGAUGGCUUUGUCCAGCAGCAGCUGUGGCAUAUCCACCGUCUGGACCUGAGCUAUAAUUGUCUGCUGGAGUUUCCCUCUGAACUCUGCUUGAGUUUGAAGAAUUUGACUCGACUAGACCUGCAGGGUAAUCAGCUCCAGUCACUGCCACAGGAGCUGCUGUCUCUGCCCUCGCUGAGAAUGCUGAACGCCUCUCGUAACUGCGUUGGCCCCCAGCUGACCUUUGACCCUGCUGUUACCUGUCCAUCACUGCAGCAGCUCAACCUUUCAUUCAACAAAAUCACCACAUUCCCUUUCGAGCUGGGCCGCACCAUGCAUACGCUGGAGGAGCUUUAUAUGGAAGGAAACUGUAUCACUGAGCUGUGCACACCUCUUUGUCUGCCUGAGAUUAAGUUGCUUGAUGUGAGCAAGAACAGCGUGGAGAAUAUUUCUGCAGAUUUCCUGAGCAGCUGCCCCAAACUGGAAACCUUUAAUGUCUCUAUGAACAAACUCUGUUCCCUGUCCCGUCUACCAGCUAAGAUUAUGACACUAAAACUUGCAAACAAUAGCUUUGCAUCAAUUCCCGAGGCUGUACUUGAACUUCCAGUGUUACGGUCAGUAGAUAUGAGAACCAACAGCAUCGUUGUCCUGCCUGGUCCAGCAUCCUGGGUGUCCAGCAUCAUCAGAGAGCUGAUGUUCAGUCAGAACUGCAUACAGACUCUGGAUCUGAGUGGACCUAUCCACAAAUGGACCAGACUGGAGAAACUCCACCUUAGUGCCAAUAGGCUCACUGAGAUCCCCCCCCAGAUUGGCUUGUUGGAAGGCCUGACUUCCCUGGAUGUGAGUCAUAACACUAACCUGCGCUCAUUCCCAGAUGAAAUGGGAAAACUGAGCAGACUGUGGGACCUGCCACUAGAUGGCCUUCAGCUGCAGCUGGAUCUCAAACUCAUUGGCAGCAAGACAAAAGACAUAGUCAGGUUCCUUCAGCAGCGACUAAAGAAGGCAGUGCCAUACUAUCGGAUGAAGCUCAUCGUGGUGGGGAACGCAGGGAGUGGAAAGACCAGCCUGAUCCAGCAGCUGAUGAAGCUAAAACGCUCGCAGCUGAACUCAAAACAGACGUCUUUUGGCAUUGACGUCCGCGACUGGACCGUCAAGGAAAGAGACAAGAAGAAAAUGGUGUUGAAUGUCUGGGACUUUUCAGGUGGAGAGGAGUUCAGUGGUUCUCACCCUCACUUCCUGACGUCCAGAGCUCUCUACCUGGUAGUUUACAACAUCAGCAAGGGAACUAGUCAAGUGGACGCUCUCAAACCUUGGCUCUUCAACAUCAAAGCAGUAGCACCGCUGUCUCCAGUCAUUCUGGUGGGAACCCACACAGAUGUGAGUGAGGACUCACAGCUGCAGAACUGCCUGAGCAAAAUCAGACAGGAGCUCCUGACCCACCAAGGCUUCCCUGUUAUCAGGGAUUAUUACAUGGUCUCAGUCUGUGAGGACUCAGAUGCCAUCGCCAGACUCCGUAAGGCUAUUGUCCGGGAGGUCACCAGCUUCAAGAUACAAGACCAGCCUGUGAUGGGUCAGCUGGUGCCAGACAGCUACGUGGAGCUGGAGCGCCGGAUUCUUCAGGAAAGAGCCAGGGUUCCUCCAGAGUUCCCUGUCCUCAGGCACCACGAGCUCCUGCAGCUCAUCCAAGAGAGUCAGCUGCAGCUGGAGGAAGCUGAGCUCCCUCAUGCCAUCCACUUCCUCAGCGAAGUCGGGGUUCUAUUGCACUUCGAUGAUCCUGCACUUGAGCUUCAGGAGCUUUACUUUAUUGACCCACAGUGGCUAUGCAGUGUCAUCUCACAGAAACUGACCUUAAAGAGAUGUGGCUACUGGGAGCAUCCUAAAGGAGUGGUCCAGCGCUCUGUUGUGGAAAAGUUUCUGUCUGAGACGAAGUGUUUCCCAAAGAGUCACCUGACACAGUUCUUGAAGCUGCUGGAGAAGUUUCAGAUUGCUCUUCCGUUUGGCGAGGACCAGCUGCUGGUACCCAGCAGUUUGUCCAAACACAGACCCGUAAUAGAAUUGCCUCACUGUGAGAACUCUGAGGUGAUCGUCCGACUGUAUGAGAUGCCGUACUUCCCCAUGGAUUACUGGUCUCGGCAGAUCAGCCGCCUGCUAGAAACAUCCUCCUACUUGCUUUGUGGAAGGGAAAAAAUGGUCCGACCCAACCGGAUCUACUGGAGGAGAGGAAUUUACCUAAACUGGUCCCAGGAGGCGUACUGUCUGGUGGAGGAAAAUCCCUCCAGCUGUGUCAGAAUAACCGUGCCCGCAUCAUGCAAAGGCCGGCUGCUGCUGGGUCAGGUGGUGGAUCAUAUUGACUCCCUGCUGGAGGAAUGGUUUCCCGGCCUGCUAAACACCGACAUGCACGGCAGUGGAGAAGCUCUGCUGAAGAAGUGGGCUCUGUACAGCCCAGAGGAUGGGCAGGAGUGGAGGAAGAUUCCCCUGGAAGACAUUUUUACAGAUUUCUUGCGAGCGAGCGCAGAAAAUCGGCCCUGCACUCUUCCCGUCUUUCAAACAGCCCCUGAUCUGUUAUUGAGUGACCAGCCUGCAGGAACAACACUGGACAGUGAAGAACUGGAUGUAGAUCUGUCUUUAGAGAACAGACUGGGGGACGGUGGCUUUGGAACUGUCUAUCGAGGCGUCUAUAAGAACGAAGACGUAGCUGUGAAGAUAUUCAACAAGCAUGCUUCUGAGCUUUACAUCUACAGACUCCUCAGACAGGAAUUAGUCGUUUUGGGUCGCCUCCGUCACCCCAGCCUGGUGACCCUGCUGGCAGCCGGCUCGACUCCUCAGGUCCUGGUGAUGGAGCUGGCUCUGCGCAGCUCUCUGGAUUCCCUUUUCGAAAACAAGAACGUUAGCUUCAACCAAAAGCUCCAGCACAGGAUUGCCCUGCAGGUGGCAGAUGGGCUCAGGUACCUUCACUCAGCCAUGAUCAUCUAUCGGGAUCUGAAGCCUCACAACAUCCUCCUGUUCAACCUGAAGACCGACUCUGACAUCAUCGCCAAGAUCACAGACUACGGCAUCGCUCAGUACUGCUGCAGCAUGGGAGUAAGAAGCUCUGAGGGGACAGCAGGUUUCCGAGCUCCAGAGGUUGCCCGAGGUAAUGUGAUUUAUAAUCAGCAGGCUGAUGUGUUCUCGUUCGGCCUGCUGCUCUACGACCUGAUGACGCGUGGCGAGCGCAUUUUAGACGGCAUGAAGUUUCCCAGCGAGUUUGAUGAAAUUGCAGUUCAGGGAAAGCUGCCAGAUCCAGUAAAACACUACGGUUGCUCACCUUGGCCCAGCUUUCAGGUUCUAAUAAAGGAAUGUCUGAGGGAGAGCCCACAGGAUCGACCCACUUCUGCUCAGGUGUUUGACAGGUUGAAUUCAGGUGAAAUGCUGUGUCUUAUGAGGGAGCUUGUGGUUCCCGGGGUUUUGAGUGCCGAGUGCUUCAUUCUGAGCUCUCGCACCGCCGACAGCAAUUCUUCCAGCCACUGGGUCUGGCUUGGUGGAGGCAGCAGGACCCAGAAGAAGGGAUCCAUCACAGCUGUGGACCUGAACACCAACACGGUCGCUACACAGGCUGGUUCUUUCGAGGUCGACACCAGUCCCGUCCUGUGCCUCGUGACUGUCCAAAUCCCAAACGAGGACAGCGAUUGGCUGGUGGCAGGCACCCAGUCUGGCUCUUUAGUGGUCAUCAACAGUUGGGACACGUUGACUUGGCACCACCUGCAAAGGGUCACCGACGCCGUCACAUCACUGUACUUCCAUGUACACCCUCGACGCACUCAAAGAAAGAAUUAUUUGCUGGUUGGGACAGCAGAUGGAAUUCUUAGCAUUUAUGAGGACUCCGUGCUCAAGCAGGAGAACGGCCAACCGGUUAAAACGCUCAGUGUGGGCCACGUCAACACUCCGGUCAUGUGUUUGGGCCAGUCGGUGCAUUCACUGGACAGCAGGUCUGUGUGGGCCGGCUGCGGACCCAAGAUCCUUUCCUUCACCACUGACUAUGAUGUCUGCAAGUCCAUCGACACAAGGCCGAACCUCUUUUCCCACCAGCAGCGGUCACUGGGGAGCGAGGCGUGUGUGUAUCGUAUGGUUGUGGAUAAAUACGUGUACCUCAGCAAAGCCAGGACAACAACUGUUGAGGUUUGGGACAAGAGGAGCGAGAGGAUGGUGGACUGUAUUGACUGUGCUCAGAUUAUUAGACGUGACAGAGGCGGGCACGGCAGAGAAGCUGAGCUACCCUCUGAGGCGUCGCCCUCCUUGGCCACAGUGAAGGCCCUGCUCUUGCCAAGCGCCGCCAUGCUCUGGAUCGGCACUAGAAGGGGCCACCUGCUGCUACUGGAGCUCCCCAAACACCAAAUUCUGCAGGUCAUGGAGCCCCACUGUGAUUCUCUCCGCUGCAUGGCAUCUGCACUCAUACAAACACUUAACAGGGAGAAUGUGGUGCUGGUUUUGGGCCGAAGACAAACUCAGCACAAGAAUCAAAAUGAUGAAGAGUCUGUGCUUACGGUGUGGAACAGCAUGCUCCCGGUGGAGGUCAAAGACCUGAGAAAGCACUGCGAGAAGAGAGAGCAGAUCGCAGCCAAAAUGAGAGAGCAGCUCCACCAAUGAGCCCACUGAUUUUAAUGUUUGUUGAAAAGGGAUCAACUUCCCACUGCAGGAGUAUCUCAGCAGUGCACGCUGAAGGGGACGCUUUACCUCAGUUUCUAAUAGCCAUUCAAACUUUCCAGCACACUGACCCUGGAAGAGCACUAAUAAGGGGAUGACUUUGUAAUGAACUGGUCAAAAGAAUCUAAUUCAACAAAUGUUUCUCGAUGUUCUUGAUGAUGCACAUUUGCACCACCUUUUAUCAGAUGAAGAGAACCUUUAAUUACUUUGUCAGAAGGGACACAAAAGGUUUCAUUUGUGUUUUCAGAGCAUAUGUACUAAACCUCCUGCUCCUGAUAACUAGAAAGCCAAAGGAAGGAAAAAAAACCCUCAAAGUGUACAUUUGACUAUUUAUUUUAUGUUUAUAUGUUUACCAUUGAGCUCCAUCACGCCACAUCAGUAAACAGGAAACAAACAUCUCAUAAUGCUGCCUGCUUUUCUCAAAUUUAUAUUUCCUGUUGUCUAAAGUGAAUGUGAUUGUGCCAAACACAAGUAACUACAGUUUUAUGUACUGUGAUGGCUCUUUGUGUCGCUUUACGGAGUAUGUUCACAAAAAGACAGAAGAUGAGAAAAAUGUAUUUUUUAUAAGAAGGAAAUGUAGAGAAAAUUUGAAUGAUUUGGUUUUAAUUUGCACUUUUUUCUUGUUUUCCAGUCGCAUAUUGUACAUUGAAAAACGUGUUUUUCUGAGGAGUAGUGGGAUACUGUACAUACUGGGAAUAAUCUCAAAUUGCACUGCAAGAAUAAAAGCAACAAACUGAUUUCUAGUUUGUGGUCAUGUUUAAGCUUUAAUCGGAGGGAAAAGACAUUAAAAUUGAAGCUUUUUGAUGGAAAAGAAAAUAUUUACAGAGUAAAAAAACAAAGAUGGGUUAAAGAAUUAGAGUACUUCUGAACCUUAAAAACACUGUUUUGAUAUCCAAACUAACAAGAUAAAUAUAUUUAAAAUAUUUAUAUUAUAUUUACAGAAUACUUUAAAUAUACAACGGCCAUCGUGUAUUCUAUAAAGAAAUAUAAAUAACUUAGGCACACUUUUCUUGCAGACAAUCAUGGGAGUGGUUUUCAAAGGCCAUCCUUUCGACCCAAACUCGUGCCAAGAAAAACUAAUCUCGCAACAUUACUUCAUCAUUGAGAUCGCCUACACUGCAGCUAAGGCUUGGUACUUUCUGACCACCUCUUACAUCUCUCACCUGAACUGGCUGACUCUUGGAGAUUCUUAUUCAAGCAGGCCUCUUUGGCUCUCCAAAAAGAAAGGGAGCAAAGACUGGAGGGAAAUGGAGAUGAGUUUGGGAAGCACACAAGCAAAUCGGUGAAGGAUUCAACAAGGAUGGUGUUUAUUCCUAGACCUUCUUUUAAGGGAUACAGUUGUACUAGUGCAGUUUCACAGACAUGAAAUAAGCCUGGCCUCAGACUAACGUUUUCCCCAUGGAGAUUUUUUCUUUUGGUUCUUUUAGUACAGAAUUAGACUUAGUUCAAAACUCUGAAACUGGCAGAUAAGGUUCAGAGACAACAAAUAAGAGAGCAGUUACAAUAUAUACAAAGAAAAUACGGUACAAGAGAAAUAUACAGCGACAAUACAGGUAACUAAACGCACGCAGAGAGUUGAGGGGGGAGAA